UCUGUCGGAGCGGAAGGGAAAGCCAGUUCAAAAUAUUUCGAACACACCAUUCUCCAACGGCAACUCCCCCCACCUCCCCACUUUCCCCAUCUCGCAAGUUUCCAUCAACCCCAGCACCGCCCGCUCCCCCGCAUCUCCUCUCCGCCAUUCCCAUCCAUCCACCGCCCGCUCCUCGACCUCCUCCUCCCUCCCCGUACGCCGCGGCCAUGGAUCCCCACCCCACCCCCUUCCGAGCGAAGCGGCGGCCGGCCGCCGCGCCGGCCAAGAGCGCGGCGCCGCCGAAGCCCAAGACCGUCGCCACCGCGCGCGGGAAGACUGUGGCCAAGAAGUCCUCGCCCGCCGGCGUCUCCGCGCCGGCCGCUCCCCAGCCACGGACACGGCGCGUUUUUGGCACCGUCCGGAGCAGCAACUCGCUGGCUGAGAAGCAGGCGCCUGCAAAGGUGUCGCCGCCCCCUCCGCAGAAGCCUGUGAAGGCGUCGCCGCCGCCGCCGCCCGCGCAGAAGCCUUCGAAGCAGUCACCCCCGAAUCCGACCAGGGCGGCCAGGCCGUCUCGUCCCGCAGCAAAGCCCCUGAAGAAAGCUCUCCCAGGCCCGGACCCGGACGCGAAACCCAAGAAGAAGAGCCACAAGGUGAGCUUCCAGGAUGACCCGGCGGCCGCCCCGGCCCCUGGAAGCGGGAACAAGGUCAACAAGGCUUCCACCGAAGACGCCACUGCUGGGCACACCCCGAUGGUGCGUGUGAAGGCCCUGGAGAAGGGGCCGGCCAAGGUUGCGGUUCCGGAGACGCCCUUCUUUAGCGCUCAGAACUGCAGCAGCUGCACGCUUCACCCGCUCGAGUCUGCCGACUACUGGCUGGCGCACAUCCGUCUCGCCGAGUCUGUUGGCAAGCACGGUGUCUCUGCGGCCUUCUUUCGCCUUGCGUUUGAAUGCCAAGCUCAGCCAUUACACAGGAUCCAGGGUGAGCUCAGGAACUACGUGGUCCGCCAUGAGAGUGCUAGCACUCUGACCCCUCUAUUUGACGAGCUUAGCCUUGCCCAUGGCAUGGCCGUCAACCAGCCAAAGUUUGACAUUGAUGCGUCUGAAAAGUUGGAUACACUUGAGACAGUUGACAGCAAGCUUGAUGCUCUCACACUUGUGCAUGAAUGCUCGGAUUGUGAUUGUGCUGGUGAAGUUGACAUGGUAGAAGUAAAUGUUGUCAAACAAGGAGAGGAACAAACAGAUCAACCGAGCUUUGAAAGGAAGCUCGAUGAAAGUUUUGAAUUUGAUGAUUGUGAAGCUGUCAUUGUAGACCGGCUAGUGAAAAAGCAUUCUGUUCUCGAAAAGGAUGUUGGUGUGGAGGUUCCUUGUGAGGAUGAAAUCAUCCAAUCAGCCUGCCGCUCCUCCAUCAAUAAGUUGAGCUCGAAGGAAUCCCCUGCAGCAAGUGGAUCGCCUGAAAGACGGCUCUCAUCACAGAGCCAUUUAGAUAAACUGUCCCCCUCUGCAAGGAGGUUAUCUGCAAAGCGCUUAUCAUCCGGUAGCCCUUUUGACAAGAAGUCUCCGUAUGGCAGUGCCACACUGAAGAGACUCACUUCCAGUUGCCCUUCUUACAAGAAGUCCUCCACCAGAGGGCAGUCUUCAAAGAGGAUGGCAUCGGGUGGCUGCUCUGAUGGGGAGCAUAAUGGUACAGCUGGAGCUGGUGAUUCGAGUAAAGUGAUUCAAGAAGGCGAAUCUGGCUGCUAUGCCUUAGUUGAACCGCUGGAACUGAAAGAACAUGGGGAGCAUGCUGCAGUUGGUGAGAUCCAUUAGCUGCAGGAGCUGGAGUCACGACAACCCCAAUGAGCUUUGUUAAUAUGAAGUUAAAUGGUUGUUAGCUUGAUUUGGUGUGUAUGCUGUGGGUUAGCUAGUUUGGAGCUCCCACUUGCUUAGUUUGCUCUGCUUUUUUAUGGGUAAUGAUCAUCGUACUGUGAUGAUCUUUGUGGGCUUUUCAGUCUUACUUAGUGUUUACAGCGUGUGUUUGCUUAGCAUAAUGGUUCGAGUGGUGUGGUCUUGUUGGUUGAUAUGGAUAUCAACCAGACCUUUGGGUUUCAUGUUGACAUGAAGGUCGUAAGCAGAGUUCUGCCUAUGGCCGUGUGAAUACUCUCUCUUGAUAUAUCAUGAACUAGUCGUGUCAAUUGAUGAA